CAAUGGCGCCACCCAGUGACUUCCUGUCCAAGCGCUCUAUUGUUCUUUAUGAGGAUUUUCAAAUCUUAUUUUGGAGGUUAAAAAAAAACGCGCCGAUGGUGCCGGCUCUGCCCAGGCGGCGCUUCCUCUCGCUUUUCCCACUUGUUAUUCCAUCUGGGGGAAGGAAGAUGUCGGGGGAGGAGGUCGACGACGGCCGCCGGUGGCGUCUUCGCGAGCUGUAAGGUUGACUGCCUGUAAUAUGGUAUCCUGACAGUUCUUAGCAACGUAUCGUGGAGGUACAGUGCUGUGACUGUUGCUUGCUGAGAUGGUAUUUCUUCAUACUGUGACGACUCUGUUGUUGGGAGAAGAUUUAAGGAUGUCUAAGUUAAAGCAGUGCAGCCGGCCAAGGAUACUACAACCAGAAUAUUUCUGAGAGCUUUUAAAGCCAUGGAUAGGUGUAAGCACGUAGGGCGUCUGCGACUCGCCCAAAAUCACUCCAUAUUGAAUCCCCAGAAGUGGCAUUGCAUGGACUGCAACACCACUGAAUCUGUUUGGGCCUGUCUUAAAUGCUCCCAUGUGGCAUGUGGCCGCUACAUUGAGGAGCAUGCACUCAAACACUUUGAGGAAACUAGGCAUCCUUUGGCUAUGGAGGUCAAUGAACUUUAUGUCUUUUGUUAUCUUUGUGACGACUACGUGUUGAAUGACAAUGCUACAGGGGAUUUAAAACUGUUGAGAAGCACUUUAAGUGCAAUAAAGAACCAAAAGUGCAGUCCGAUGGCACGCAAUGGCAGGGCAUUGCGGUCAAUGGCUUGUGGGGAAUCUCCUUGUUCGUUUCAGAAGAACAAAAAAGGGCAGACUCAUAGUACAGAGCAGAUGUUCACUGCUCUUUGGCACAGACGACAGUCUUUGCUAACAAAGGCAAUGCGCAUUUGGUUUGAACAAACAACCAGCGGUAAACGUAGAUUGGAAGAAAAGCGGCUGCAGGAGGAAAUAGACAGAAGAAAGGAGGAAGCAAGGAAGCGGCGGCAGGAGCUAAAGCGUAAAUUCAUGGAGGAACUUGUUAACGCUCCGCCUCGGAAAAGUGCAAGGAUUUUAUUUCAAAUCCGGAAGGAGGACCAUAUCUCAAAGUGCAAAAAACCAACUGGAAAAAAGGUGCUACAAACUGCCCCUACCUCAAAACGACAAAGGAACAAAAUUAAGCGGUAUUAUGCUACCAAGCGUAAACCAGUGGUAACUCCUGGUGUGACGGGUCUAAGAAACCUUGGUAAUACCUGCUACAUGAACUCCAUCCUGCAAGUACUCAGUCACUUGCAAAAGUUCAGAGAGUGUUUCUUAACCCUUGAUCUCUGUGAGACUGAAGAACUAUUAGCAAGGACCACAAAUGGCAAAACGCGAUUGUCGAACAAGGUCACACUGGGGAUUGGUCCUGCGUCGUGCAUAGCAGGAAGAAAUGAUCAUGUGGGAACUUCAGGGAGAUACAGUAUGCCAGCAGGUUUGAACGGAGGUGCCUCUAUGGCCAGGAACCUGGAACUUAUUCAACCUAAGGAGCCUAGUUCGAAGCACAUCUCUCUUUGCCAUGAACUUCACACUCUCUUUCGAGUAAUGUGGUCUGGGAAAUGGGCUUUGGUAUCCCCGUUUGCUAUGUUGCACUCUGUAUGGAGCCUCAUCCCAGCAUUUAGGGGAUAUGGUCAGCAAGACGCUCAGGAAUUUCUUUGUGAAUUACUGGACAAAGUGCAGCAGGAGCUGGAAUCGGAAGGCACAAAGCACAGGAUCCUUAUUCCUUUUUCUCAAAGGAAGCUCACCAAGCAGGUUCUCAAGGUGGUGAACACCAUCUUUCAUGGGCAGCUGCUCAGUCAGGUCACGUGCCUGACAUGCAAUUACAAAUCCAACACCAUUGAACCAUUUUGGGAUCUUUCACUGGAGUUUCCAGAGCGUUAUCAUUGUCUUCAGAAGGGUGCUACUCAGCUUAAAGAAUGCACUCUGACGGAAAUGCUGGCAAAGUUUACAGAAACAGAGGCUUUGGAAGGGAGGAUUUACGCUUGCGACCAGUGCAACAGUAAACGACGAAAAUCCUCACCAAAACCCCUCGUCCUGACAGAAGCUCAAAAACAGCUAAUGAUAUACAGACUACCUCAGGUCCUCCGUCUGCACCUUAAAAGAUUCAGCUACUGUGUUUUUAGGUGGUCUGGCCGCAACCAUCGUGAGAAGAUAGGGGUGCACGUCAACUUUGACCAGGUAUUAAACAUGGAGCCUUACUGCUACAGGGACUCUUCCUCCACUCUUGGCAAGGAAAGCUUCAUAUAUGACCUCUCAGCUGUGGUGAUGCAUCAUGGAAAAGGAUUUGGCUCAGGACACUACACCGCGUACUGCUACAACACAGAAGGAGAGUUUUGGGUCCACUGUAAUGACUCUAAGCUAAAUGUGUGCAGUGUGGAGGACGUGUGCAAGACCCAAGCCUACAUUCUCUUUUACACUCAAAGAACCGUGCAGAACAGAGUGGGGUUUGUCACAGGCAUGCAUUCUGAACCUCAGGUGCCAACCAGAAAUACAGAGAAGAACAGGAGACUGACCUUCCCCUAGCAUGGGAUGCAAAAACCAUUAUUGGAAUUCACUGAAACCAUCCAGCGUCAACCACUGGGAACCAUGUUGGGGCUGAUCAAACACUGAUGUGUUCUCAUGUGGGCUACACAUGCCCUAGGGCUCGUUUACUGAAGCAUAUAUAGCCUUCCUAUGCAUAAUAUGGUAGGAUAUAAUUCCGUACUUGUCAAUUAAAAUGGUUUUUUUUCAAAGUGUCCAACUGUCCCAGGUCGGAUGAUGUGGGCGUAUACGGUAUCAACGUUCUUGUUGCAAAGGUUUUCUUUUCCCUCCCCUCCAGGUGGUACAUCCAUUGUCAUCAUUCAUGUUGUUGGCUGUUCUUGAGAUGCAACCAUAUCUGAUACUUGCUUUCAUCCUUUAACUCCCAGAAGGUGCCUUUGUUUGCCACAUGAUUCACUGACUAAACACAGGUACAUGUGUUUAACCCAUUCUCGUUAUUUGCCGGAUGCAGAAUCGUUUAUUCCCUGUGGUGCAAUAGCAAGCUAAGCUUGAACUGAUUCACUAAUUCUGCAUUUUCACGUUAUGGCCAGGGCUGUGUCACGUUUGCACUGAUCCUUCACUAAUUAUUUCAGGCUCCAUAGUACCAGCUAUCAUUGCCACUAAUGCUGCGGAACAGUAAGGAAACCACAAGAGAAAUCCUUGUCCCUUUGCUCCCAUUUUAUGAUUUUUGUACUUUAUUUAAGUUUAAGGACUUGUGCUGUGAAGAAUUACUGACACAACACCAGUCUCAUCAUUGAAAAUAUUUACUGGCUUGUAUGAAACCUAACAGGAUGCGCUUUUUCUGAUAACGUAAAUCCCUCUGUUGUGGGUCUGAUAGAUUCAGAACACAUGAUUCUUAGGAGUUAAAGCAGCCUUAGUGAGUCAAAGCACUUCUGCUGCAAACUCUUCCUGGCUUGUCCUUUUGUCUGUUGGAUUUUGUAUGAGGGUAGAAAUUGUUAGUGUUUUCAGCCAAGCCCUUGUUUUUAGAUAGUAUAUGCAUAGCUGAUCAUGCAAUAACAUGGCAGCUUUGGAAAUGUAAGUUACAACAUUUGCAACAAUUUCAAAAUAAAUGUGGGUGAUUAAAUAAUUCUGUUCAAUACAAUCUUACGUGUGAGUAUUUAGAAUGUUUCUGCCAAUUGUUUGACUUCCCUUUUCCAUCAUGUUUUGGUUUAAUUUUGAGAAUUUUUGAGGAAUUCAGAUUAUUCAGAACAAAACAAACACGCACACCGUUCUGCUGUCUAAGCUGCUUACAGCUAAUAGGUUUGAAUAUAUUUCAGAGCAAUGUUGCGCCCCGGGCUGUUGGCUACAGUGGAUUGGAGCAGCAUUGGCUGGGCAAUUCCUUUGUUUGCUCCUGGGAUCGAGCAAAGUUAACUAAUCUUUCCCAACAUAAUCAUAGUAGUGUCCCUAGACGAGGUGGGUUGAAAGGAAAAAUGGCGUGGAAUAGCCCCAGUUGCUGCUGGAAAUUUGUUCCAUUCGUGUCAGGUAUGUUCUCCAAACACAAGAUGCUCAGCGCUUAUGGAACAGCACUGCACCAUGAGUCACCCCCUUCAAAGGGAGCAGUGAGAAGGAUGAAAUCAAUACACAUCGUAGUAUGCAUCAAGUCCAGCAUAAUAAGCCAGAGAGAGAGGUGGGGGGAGAUCUGCUGUUGUCAAGUUGCUGAUAUGCAGACACAUAUGAGAUGGUUUGGUUUGUUGACUUGGUUUGAUACACCUUACAAGAGAUGGCUAAAGCUGCUUGAAAUAUGGUGCCAUUGAGUUUUAAAUCUUUUUUGAAAUUUGUCAUUCCUUUUUCAAAUGAGAUUGUUUAAAGGGUUCAAAAUCCAGCUCUCAACAUGUUCUUAAUACAACACAUUUUGCGUAAAGGUGUUCAGCUCCCAGACUGGUCCCAAUGCAUCACUCAGCUGGAGAUUACCCUAUGCCUGUGGAAUGAUUUUCUUCUGGCUGUUUUUUUUCCUCUUUCUUCAGAGGACAGGCUGCUGUCUGUUUUUGCCAUCUUCAUCCAACAACUCAGAUAGUGAACUAGCAAAAGUACUGAGGAUGAAAGUUUUUAAUUUUUGUUGAGACAGGUUUGAAUUCAUUCUCACUUUUUUUUAACUUUAAGUUUAGAAUUUGAGGUGCUGUUCGCAAUGCGCUGCCUUCCCUUAUCCCAAUUCAUCCUCCCAGUUAUAACUACUUGUAAUCAACCUGUUCUCACACAAUGGAAUAAGUGGGACUUAAACCCAGGCCUGCUAGCCUGCAGAUAGGGACACUUCCACUCCACAACAAGAGCCCUACCCUCCCACUUGUAAACUUGGUGACAUUGAUUACUCUUUCCACCUAGAUUCUGGUUCAUUCGGCUGGUUGGAGAUAGAUCAGUGCUGCCUAUCACUUGCUUUGUUGACUUAUAAAAUGACCCAAACUUUGGUGCUUCAGAACUUAAGAUACUUCAUAUUUAGUAUGGCAGCUAACAAGGGAGGCAGUGUAUGUCAGUCUGUUACAGAGAGGUACUGUGUGCAAGGCUGCUUUCCACCAGCUUGCACUGCUGCAGCAACUUCAGAUCCUCUAUGCAUAUCAUUUAAUAAUGAACUGCCAACCUUUUGGCAGUUUGCACACCAUAACAACCUUUUAUGUCCUGUUGGAAAUAUCAAAAACACAAUUUGAGUCGUAAAAAGGAACCUAUUACCGAUUAUGUUGUUUCUAUAAGCUCAAUAGAAUAUGGAGCAGAAAUGCUACUUCAGUGCCUAGAAAGGCCAGUGGCUAAGCUUUUUUAUGUAACAAAUUGUGUGCAAAAUAAGUCUCAUUGUGUUCAUGCUGAAAGUCAGUUUACGUGUACCAAAAUAAAGUCAGACCUGGUCCCCACUUCUGCCCUGUUGGUAUCCGCUUGCAAGUUGUCACUUUGUACUAUGCAUCUAAAAUGAAUUUGGAUGUUGAAACCUAUAUGGGUUUCUGUAAGUGAGUCCUGAUCCAUAUUACAGUUCAAGUACAGCUUGUGUUUGGUUGAGUUAUUUCCUUUUUGCCUACCUUUCAGAAUUUGCAGAACUAGACAGUUUUGCGUUAUUUGAUAUCAUUCUACUCUCCUGUUGUUUCGAGUGGAGCACAGUUCUGGAAGGAAAUUUAUUUAAACACAACUCAAAUAACUUACGUAAGUUCGACUUUGCUGAAAACUGAGCUUGAGAUGGUGCUUUAGAUUGAUGACCUUUUUUCAUUUAUCUUAUCAAUGUUGGUGCUGAAAAUUGGUGAGCAAGUUAAUCAACCAAAACAUUGUAGUUGUUACAUCUACCAUAUGAUAUAAAAAUGAACAUAAGAUACAAACAAAUUUUGCAAGCUCGUACUUGCACCCAGUCAUGUCUUAAAUUCCCGUAGCCCUUAAUUUUGAAUAAUAGAGUGGAGGAUAUAUUAAGGUGGUACCUAUUUUGAGCCAUGUCAUUAUUUUUGCUGUCCUAAACAUCCACACAAGACUACCUUGAGCACAGGGCUACCCUUAAUGAUCUACCCUCAUGAUUCUUUCUCUAAUACAAACCUGACCUAAAUAUCCUAUUCUGGUCUUCCUAUAUGGUACAGUUCUGCCCUAAAGAAAUUCUGUCUGUGAUUCCCUCAUUUUAUUUUAUUAGCAAGACAAUCUGAUUGUUGUGUCUGGCCUCACAGACAUCAUUCCGGUUCUUUGCAGUUUCAAAGAGUGACAGAUCUUUGCCAUUUGUUAAGUUUUUUAAUUCUACAUUGACAAGCUCAGUUGUAUAGCAAGGGAAGAUUCCAUGUUACUACAAGUACAGGCAAUCUGCUUUAAAAACAAAAAAUGCUAAAAAACAUAUUAGUUCAGGCAGCAUCUGUGCAGAAACGGAGUUCGUCAAUCAUACAACACAGAAACAGACCCUUCGAUCCAACCAGUCCAUGCUGACAACGUUCCCAAACUAAACUAGUCCCACCUACUUGUGCCUGGCCCAUAACCCUCCAAACCUUUCCUGUUCAUGAACUUGUCCAAAUGUCAUUUAAAUGUUUUAACUGUACCCCGCAUCCACCACUUUCUCUGGCAGUUCUUUCUACACAUGAACUGUUCUGUUUUAAAAAAAAGUUGACAAUCCUACAUCAGAACCUGCAUUUGGUUAAUGCCAACUGAUUUCAGUUGGGGAACUGGGAUUGACCUCAAAAUCUCUUAAGUUAUAAAAGGAUAAUCUGCAACCAGGAUUCCCUCUCUUUAUUGCUAUUCAGUUUCAUACAUUGCAAGUGUGUUGGGUGAUAGAUGGGGUUGCUUUGAUUUGUGAUAUUUCCCUUGGUCGAUUUAGUCUGUUUGCCCUCGAUAUUGAGGGGAAUGGUGUGAAGAAUGACUAUUUGGGCAAUGAACUGAAACUUAAGUAAAAUAUCCAAACUACUGAAGAACAAAAUGCUGCGUUAUGUAUGAUAUGUAAUUUUGGAAGGAUAUACUUUAAGCAAUAGAUUUCCAAAUUGGACGUUGAGGGAAAAAAAAAAACCAGUUAAGUAGCAAGAACUUAAACAUAAGUUAUUUAUGAUUUGAAUUGAGAGUUCCAGUCCCAAUAGAAAAAUAAAUCUUUCCACUUUGUCUUAAACUGUACUAAGUUCAAUGUAUUUUGAGAAGAGGAAUGCUUACUUGCUUCAUUUUGUUGACCGAUGGUGGUGAUGUAAGGCAGAUUUCUCUAGAACAAACUGGAGAGAUGUAUUGAGAAAUCUUUUGAAAAUAUCCUGUCUUUGAAACAUAAAUGUUUUCUUAGUUUUUCCUAUCAAAGUAGUUUUGGCAAAAAUUGCAUUGUUAUUUUUUGGUGAGCUACUUCCAAUUAUUUUCCUUCAGUUUCAAAAUAUUGAGUGAAAUAAAACAUUGAUCUCGAGUUCAGUGGAAAAGGUUUUCAUUAUAAAAGAAAGCAAGUUUGACACUGUUGAGCUAGAUUUUUUCAGUGUUAUAGUCUUGUUCACUGCUGGUAUCCAACUAAAUUUCCAAUUUUAUUAACUUAUGAAUGAAGACAAGUUUAUAGAGAUGAAUUUGAUUUUCUUUAAGUUCUCAAAAGGUCAGUCAAAUUAAUUUUACAGGUAAAUCCAUCAUUGCUUGAUAAUUUUGAACUAGAUAUGGUCUUGGUUUUGCAUUUUAUAAUGAGUUAGCAAAGGACUAAUCCAUUAUUGACAAUCUUGUUGUGCUCUCAACUUGCUAAUAGUUAAUUGAGAACAGUAAUUGGCACUGAUGCCUCAUUUUUCAACUUCAGUAAAGUGAUUAGGUCAGGGCAAGUUGGCACUAAGCAGUUCAACAAGAGGCAAAUUGAUAUUGUACUGCUAUGAAUCGGCUCCACUCGGAAAGGUGUUUCCUUCGGCCAUUGUGGUGUGUACAACUACAUUACUUUGUAGACAGUGAGGUUUUUAGAAGGGUGUUUAAAUAUUGUUUGAUUGAGGUGCUCCAGGACAGCUAUUGCCUGAUGACUAUUCCUGACCACAACCUUAGAAAAGGGAAACCAUUUGGGUGAUCAGACAGUUUAUUAAAACAUUCUGACUCGGUAGCGACAUGCAACUAUUACAGGCCUAAUUGAAUUAUUGUGAGUUGGCAGUGGUGUAAACUGCAUCCAGUGCUUGCAUGUUGCAGCUAGUGCUGACAUCUUCUAAUACAACCUGCCACCCAAUUGCAGGUCCUCCCUGUAUUUUAUGCAGCUACUUCCCUCAAGUGUUUUCUUAGGUCAGCAAAUGACUCUGGAAGGAGAGUGGUGGGGUUUUGGGGGGUUUGCCUGCAUGGAUAUUACACCAGUACAAUCUCCUUGUGAAACUGUUCAAAGCUGCGUAAAUGGAUUCAGUAGAUUAUGAUGCCAGGUUUCAGUAUAAUUAUGGCAUUUAGGUCAUAGAGCUUGUUCAGGGAUUGUGUCUAAAUAGUGCUCAUGCAUUACACAUCCUGUCCACCAUCACCCUGUUACUUUGGCAUAUACUUAAACUGAUAGCAAUUUACAUCUUUUUAAGAAAACAAAAUUAAAGAUUUAAUUUUACAAACAGUCUUGAAAACCAAAUUAAAGGAUCAAAGAUUAUUAUUUCAAAGUUAAUUAGGAAAUUGAGCCUGGAAAAUGUUAUGGUGACGUAUUCAAGGUUUAUUUUGGGACCUGCAGUAGCAGUUUCCAGUAAAGUAAAUCCAGAAGGGAUUUGGAGAGAUUGAUGAACAGGAUUUGAGAGUUGAGGCCAGAUAUGAGGAACAUAGAGGCAGAAUUUGACUAUUCAGCCCUUCAAGCCAGCUCUGCCAUUCAGUUAAGAAUUAGUACAUCUGCACCUCUGCUGCAUUUUUAUCAGCCUUUGCUCCAUCAGCCUUUGGCAGUCUUACUAAACAAUAAAAGCCAUCUCAAGAUCUGAAGGCGUCCAGCACUCUGUCUUAUGGGCUGAGAGUUUCAGGCUUCCUCUAUCAUGUAUGGAACAAAUUGAACCCGGGUCCCUGGCGCUGUGAGGCAGCAAUGCUAACCACUGAGCCACCGAGUCACCCCGUUUUGUUUUUGGGAGGAACAAUGGCAGUGUUAAGGUGCUACAUAAAUGCUGGUUCUUGAUUUUAUGACCAAAGGGAAUAUUUGCUCUGUGUCAGCACUCCUAGAUCCUAAUAUAUUAAUCAACUCCAUCAGAUACUCCUCACUUUUUAUACUCAGGUGAUUACAAGUCAGUUUAUGCAACUUGUCUUCAUACUCCUGACUUUUCAGCUCUGGAAAACCAGAACCAAAUCUAAGACCAGUUUAUCUAGAGGCACCUAAAACUGAAUGCACUUGUCCAGUUGCGAGUCCUAAUAACAUCUAAAUUUAAGUAUGAUUUCCUCUACCUGGUAUUUUUGUGUUUAAUAUCAUCACCUAGUUUUGUGUGCUGAAUGUGCAAAUCACUGUUUUUUUACAAUUAUUGAGAAAAUGCUCCAAGUUAUCUUUCCUGGAUCCUAUUUGAGUGACCUCACAUUUUCCCCCACAUUGAAUUCCAUCUUCUGAAGUCUUGGUCACUGUACAAACCUAUUUGUUUUCCUUUGCAACAACUUGCUUCCACAUGUAUACUGCAUUUUUGUUUCUUUUUUGAAGGUUUGCAGUAUUGUGGGGCCUUGAAGAUCACUCUUUUUCCUGCAGGUGCAAAAAGAGCCUUUUUUUUAAAGAACCUUAUCUUUCUCUCUCCCACGGCCAGGAUACUGGCUGCCAGAUUGGAUUGGAAGCUUGCCAGCUGAAUUAGGUCCACACUCCUCUGAGGCAGAUGGCCCCCCUGCUUAUGAAUUUGGGCAAUUUAAGAAUGAGCAGUGUAGAAAAUUGUAAAUAUCUCCUCCUCUCCCCAACCCCCUCCAAACCAAUGCCAUCCUAACGUUUGCCUGGAAACCUGUGGUGAAAAUCAGGAAGUUUCGUGGGGGAAAAGAUAUUCUGGGUUUAAUUAAUUGUGUAAUUAUUUCAAAUUCUGAUUAUCCCAAAAUUGUUAGCUCUGUAUCUCGAGCUGUGGUCUUAUAAUUUGCAUCAAACAAUUUAUAUUGGAGAAUUCGGGUUGAAUCUCCGAGUCAGGAAUAGUUUAGAUCAGUCAUGUUUUUUGGGAUUUUUGGGAAUUAUUUGCCAAAGUAAUAGACAAAAACUGCCCAUGUUUUGCCACAGAAAUUAACUUGAUGGAUCAAAUGGCUUAUUUUUAUUCCUGUAUUUUCUAAUGUUGUCUGUGCCCAGGACAGUAACAAGGGAUAACAAGACUGCUGUGAUCCUUAACUUUGACAAUGAGAUUUUUAAGAUAUUUGGGAACCCUAGCAAAGUCAGAGUUGAGUUCCGACAAACAAGAAUAAAAUUCCAAGCUGGAGAACUUUAUUCUACUUUAUUGACACUAAAGUUGUAAUUUAUAACUCUAUCACAAGAUGUCAGCAGUGUGUUUCAUAAAUUGUUUCAUUUAUAAAUAAAAUGGUUUCUGAGCUUUGGCAUAAAUUUAAUAGUACAACUGGUACUAAGAGAAAUGUAAGUUUUUUUUUCUUUAAAAUUUUUCUCCUUCCCUUGUCCACCUCUGCUUAACACCCUGCAUAAUGUUCCUCAUGACAUGUACCUACCUCGGAUAGAGAACACACAGAUGGGCCUAUUGCUGUCACUCCAGUGUUAUUCCAUAUGUAUUCAUGAAUAACGAGUUGCUAUUACUCCCCAAUCAGGGACAUUCCUUCUGUAGUGGCUCUCUUGAGGAAGCUAGCAUUCUGCACCAGUCUGUCUGAAUACAGUUCUUGAUUGCUGCAUCUUCAAUUCACUCACCUCUACCCAUCAGCAAGUACUUGCAUUAGAAAUUUAAUGUAUUUUGCACCUACUUUAAGUAUUACUUAUGAACUAAUUCAGUUCCUUGACCUCGACUGUUGCUAAAAAGGCAGCUUCUGGUUAAUUUGAUAAUGUUUGCUAAACCUGUGUAACCAUCAUUGCACACUGCUAUUCAUGGAUUAAAUCAACUCGUUGGUUUAUAAAUCCUGUUUGCAGCAGCAAUGUGUUUGAUCUUCAUUACAGUAGCAAAUUAAGUCAAUCUCUGCAAAAUGCAUCUCAGUUUCACUUUUGCCCAUUUUAUAUGAAAUAAUUUUUCAGUUCCAUUUACUUCUGUCCACUUCCUAAAGAAGCUAGUUUUACCGCUUGUAUUUAUUGAUUUGAAUGUCUCCUUUUACCAGAAUAUUGCAGCUUGCUCGUAGAUGGUUUCAUAUUUUUGAAUGUUUUAUUUGAAUGUUGUUCAAUUAUCAUGAACACUAAAAUAAUUGGUACAAAGAAAGUUGUAACAAGUUUUUAUACGUUAUAUUGUCGUUUGUUGUAAUUUCUCUUCUAGGACUGUACAUUACUCGCAUGCACUUGCACUCUUAAGUAUGGCAGCUGAGGUGAGCAGGCAAUAGACUGGAAAAGGUACAGUCUUUAUAGUGAAAACCCUAGUGUCACCCUUAGUAUUUGAUUUCAAGAACUGUCAUCUUCUGGAUUCAAACAACACAAUACUGUGGUGGUGCUGACUGCUCAUUGUGUCUGUGAAUACAAACUGUUCUUACCAGCAAAUUUUGAGAAAAUAAAUACAUAUAUACUAGUGUACAUUUUUGUGAACUUCAUAAUGUAAUAUAUUGAUGAAGAUUGUUUUUUUUAAAGAAAAUGUCUGGUUUGUUUUAUGUUUCUGUUUUUAUAAAAACAGAAUUUACUCAGGCCUAUUGUUACCAGGUCCAAAAGGAGGUAGUGAUCAAAUUGCCUCCUAACAUUUACUGCCCUGCACAUGAAAAGCCCCGGUUACACAGGCAAAUAUACUGAGAUGAGGGAAGUAAUACCAUGCUGAACUCAUCUCAAGUGGUAAAUGAGAAUUUCAAUCACCAAAACCAAAUGAUUCGAUUCGCUUUGUUCUAAGACAGCAGAGUAAGCAACCUGCCUUCCUGUAUUUGUCACCCUAUCUUAUCGUAACUAGUAUAUAUGAUGGAGUAUAUACAGUGCAAUCUUGAUGCAUGAGGUAGGUCAGGGCUGAAACCAGUAACUUGUACAUUUUACUUAGAAGAUGAAAACUGCAAAAGCACUCUAAGAAACGUGGAGGGUUGUUUUUAAGAUUUGCAUAUUUGAGGAUGGCAGUGAAAGCUGCAAAAGACCUUUUUUUUGAGAAAUGAUUUGACGCUAAUGGAUCUAUGACGAAAAGUGCCAUUUUAAAAAAUUAUCUUACGUACGCCCCCCCCUCCUCCAUUAUACACAUAUAAAAUGACUGGUAUUGAUUUCUCCCACAACCCGAAAGGCAUUUUCCAAUCAGUUUCAUUAAGAGUUGAAGUCUGUUUACCAACCUUUUUCCUGAAAUUUAAAACCUUCUAUUGUUAGCAUGAGGAAGUGUGCAGUAAAUAUUCACUUACACAGAAGUGCAAUUCAUAAAGAAAAUUAAUUAGCAUAGGGAAGGGUCAAAUUUUAACAGGAGGUUAGGGUGACAUAAAGCAAUUCUUUGAUUUUUUUUUAGAAAAAUAUUGAUGUCUUUCACUCCUUAUUUUUACUGACAAACAUACAAUUUUCUGUAAACUGCCUGUGUAAAUGGGGCUUGAGAAUGGUCCAUUUAUUUUGUUUUAAGCACAUGCGUGGUUUCCCUUUUUUUCUUUUUUUUGGUUUAAACUUUUAUAGCUAGUGCCAUGAGCUCAUUGAAGGCAUGUGGUAGCAAGGAGUGUGGCUGGAGCCGCUCGCGAAUUGUAUUGUUAUGUUGGAUGUUCAGUAGCAGGUUUUUAAGUGUUAGAUUAGGGCACUUUGUUCAUGUGUUAGCAAAUGUGGUUUGGUAUUAAAGAGUACGGCACAUUGAAUCAGGGUCCAUUCCUGUACUGUCUUGCUAUGUCAACCAAUCUGGAUUUCAUAUCCUGUGAUUUGAUUUUUUUUAAAUAGAAAUGAUUUUUCUAAGCUUUUGUCUUUCUACAUCUAUUGUUUUGUAAGUUAAAGUUCUUAAUAAAGAAAAAUAAAGAGUACAACUUUAGAAUUUAA